GCGAAACCCUAGAAAUCGCUCGGACCUUCAAUUUCGGGAAGUAAGAAGGUUUGCUGUUGCGAAGAAAGAAAUUGAUCUGUUUUUUUUUUUUUUGGGAAAAACCUGUUUCUUCUCAUCUCUUGAAAGCUAAAUUUUGGCUCGCUUUCGUUUCUUUUUCGCCACAGCGAUCAUCUCAUCGUUUUCUUUUUUGACUAGGAGCGGAUAAGCAUGGCGAGGAAGAUGCUCAUCGACGGAGAGCUGAGCAAUUCCACCUCUGCUGAAGGGGAGCAGAACUACGAUUUCGACCUUUUUGUUAUCGGAGCUGGCAGUGGUGGUGUUCGUGCAGCCCGGACUUCUGCUGGCUUUGGAGCUAAGGUUGCAAUUUGUGAGCUUCCAUUCCAUCCAAUCAGCUCGGAAAUCGUUGGAGGAGUAGGUGGAACGUGUGUUAUACGUGGCUGUGUUCCUAAAAAGAUAUUGGUCUAUGGGGCUUCUUUUCGAGGUGAAUUUGAGGAUGCAAGAAAUUUUGGAUGGGAACUUAGUGAGCAAAUUAACUUCGACUGGAAAAAACUUUUGCAUAACAAGACUCAGGAAAUAAUUAGAUUAAAUGGUGUAUACAAGAGACUAUUGUCCAAUGCUGGUGUAAUGAUGCUUGAAGGCGAGGGCAAGUUAGUUGGUGCUCAUGCAGUAGAAGUGAUCCAACCUGAUGGUUCAAAGCUGCAGUAUUUGGCAAGACAUAUCUUGAUUGCAACUGGUAGCCGGGCUCAGCGUGUAAAUAUUCCUGGGAAGGAGUUGGCAAUCACUUCUGAUGAGGCCUUGAGCUUGGAUGAAUUACCCAAGCGAGCUGUGAUACUUGGUGGAGGGUACAUUGCGGUUGAAUUUGCUUCAAUAUGGCGAGGGAUGGGUGUUACAGUGGACUUAUUUUACCGAAAGGAACUUCCAUUGAGAGGUUUUGAUGAUGAAAUGAGAGCAGUUGUUGCAAGAAACCUUGAGGGCAGGGGAAUUAAAUUACACCCUGGGACAAACUUGUCGGAGCUGAGUAAAACUGAAGGUGGCAUAAGAGUUGUGACCGACCACGGAGAUGAAAUUAUGGCUGAUGUUGUUUUAUUUGCCACAGGUAGAAGUCCAAACACAAAGAGGUUGAAUCUAGAGGCUGUUGGUGUUGAGGUUGAUAAAACCGGAGCUAUAAAGGUUGAUGAGUAUUCUUGCUCUUCUGUUCCGAGCAUAUGGGCUGUGGGUGAUGUUACAAACCGAAUAAACCUCACUCCUGUGGCAUUAAUGGAAGGAACUUGCUUUGCUAAAACUGUAUUUGGUGGACAGCCAACCAAACCCGAUCACAACUUUGUACCUUGUGCUGUGUUCAGCAUACCUCCACUCUCUGUAGUAGGCCUCAGCGAACAGCAGGCUAUAGAGCAAGCCAAGAGUGACAUUCUGUUAUUUACAUCGACAUUCAAUCCCAUGAAGAACACAAUCUCUGGAAGGCAAGAGAAGACAAUUAUGAAGCUGAUUGUUGAUUCCGAGACUGAUAAAGUACUCGGUGCAUCCAUGUGUGGUCCAGAUGCACCUGAGAUUAUGCAGGGUAUCGCCAUUGCACUCAAGUGCGGAGCCACUAAAGCACAAUUUGACAGCACGGUGGGAAUCCAUCCAUCAGCUGCUGAAGAAUUUGUAACAAUGCGGUCUCUGACGAGGCGUGUUGCUGCUGGUGGUAAAGCGAAGACGAAUUUGUAAGGAGAAUUUUCAUCUCCAAAAGAAAUUAUAGCUUGCAUUUCAUUUGUCAUGCAAAAAUAAUUUUACCCACAGAUUGUUGUUAAAAACCCAGUUACUGGAGGUCCCACCAGUUUCCUACCUGUUUUACGAAACAGUUGAGAUUGUUGUAAAAACAUUCCAAAGGUUACAGGGUGAAAUCUGCAUUGUCAUCAAAAACUUAGUUGUAAGCUCGUCGCCCGUUACAUAGGUCGAUGCUCGUGAAGGGCAGCAGUAAGGAGCCGAGACUUCAUGGCCGGGGUGGAGCACUUGUGCCUCCCCACUGGUGCGAGGAUGAUGCUGCACCAGCCUGUGGUAUGUGCUGCUGGGGUGCAUGGAGGCCAAGAAGAGGCUGAGGAGGAGGGCAGGGUGCUGAUGAUAAGCUUCGGGGUGGGGUUCAAGUGCAACUGUUGCUUGUGGGAGAUGCUGAUCAGAGACAUGGAGGCGCGGGACGACCGUAUCCAAAGCUAAGCUGCCCUCCUCGAUCCCUAGUCAACCCCUUCAUUUAUGGGUGGAUCCAUGACGACGACCAGGCUCUUCUUCUAGAGUUCUAUCUCCUUUCUUUGAUGUUUUUGGGAGAUAAUAUAGUUGUGUUCGUGUG